AUGGGAGCUGCAAAGAUUUCAUACCAGGAGCUCAUUCAGUUGGAGAACAUCUUCACACCCACGGAUGAGCUCUAUCCAUACAUCUCGUGGACAGGCAAUUGUGAUGAAGUUGAUAGUAUAACUUUUCUGAGAGAAGAUGAGGUGGAGGAUGAUAGAAUCAAGGUUCUCAAGAGGAUGAUAAUGGCUAACCAUGACUUCAGUGAUCAUACUUGGGAGUAUGAAGAGACAAUAGUCUUUUCAUUUGGGCUUGAUGACAAAGAAGUUGGGAGCGAUCAAGCAGGUGGGAGCGAUGAUGGUGAAGCUGGGAGCUAUGAAACAGGUGGGAGCGAUGAUGAUUUUCGAACUCCAAAAGGAUCAGCAAACAUAGGCUCCAGAGCUACAAAGGGAAAGAAGAGGCUUCCGGAUCGUGGAAUGGAAAAAAGGAAGCAGAAGGUUCUACAUACUAGAGCACAACAGGCUCCGUUUGAUGAAGAUAUGACGGAGUUUGUGGCAAACUUGUUUCAGCAGAAUUUUGCUGCGAUGGAGCAGAGGCUAGAGAAACAGAUGGGUGAAAGGUUUGAGGAAAUAAAGUCUGAGCUUAAAGUUCUACGUAGGGAUUCAAGCGUGGAAGUUGAGCCAUCUACGAGCAAGCCACCGCCUAGCAACCCAUCGCCUAACAAGCCAGCGUCUAGCAACCCACAGCCUAGCAAGCCAGCGUCUAGCAACCCACCGAGGAGGUCCAACCGCUUGGAUGAGAAUUUCAGUCAAGCGGAUGAUAUGGACGAACCAAUAGGUACGCAAGGCCUUGAUGGGCUUUCUCAAGCCUCGUUCGUACCCGAUAUUGAUCCAUCACAGACCAAUAACGACAAGGAUGCAAGUGAUUGGUGGACUCCAAUGACUACUGUCCGGAAACUACCAAAAGGGGGAUCAAAGCAAGAAAAUGCAGCUCCAACAUGGGCAAAGUGGGAUAGAUGGUGUAGAGAACCAAGCAGGAAGCUUCAGCUUAGUGACUCACCAAUGGCAGAUGAUGGUUCUCCACAGGCGUCACUGUAUUAUUUCACCGAAGAAUCGUGGGAUCGAUUCACCCAAUGGUCUAUGAACCCAACAGCUUUGAGGAUUGGUCCCUCUGUCUUUAAUUUGACCGUCGCUCAGAGAAUAGUUUGUGCUGGCAAAUGGCUUGGAAACGAGGAAAUGGAUGCGAUGAUGUAUAUAUGGCGAGAGAAGACAUCUUUGAGGCGCUGGAAUAUAGACCGGGUUGCUUUCAUGAACGCCAUGUUCUGCCUCCAGGUCGAGAAUGAAUACCAGAAGUGUAGAGACGACAAAAGAGGCUACGUAGUACCCAAUCUUCUUCUUGCUUACGGGAGAGGAGAGCUUCCAUCUCAUGGGCGGACUAAUAAAGUCUGGGGUGUCGAUGUCGAUCGUCUCUACUUUCCUCUGUUUGUAAAUGGUAAUCAUUGGGUCUCUGUAUGCGUCAACAUGAUUGAGAAGAAAGUGGAAGUCUAUGAUUGCGGUCGGGGAAGGAAUAGGCAAUACGUAGAGAAGUUUGCUACUAUGAUUCCUAGAAUUGUGAAGGCCGUGGGUCCAUCUAAGAGCAAGCUACUCCUGUCAUCAUAUUCGAUUGUAGAUAUGCCUAUGCAGACAAGGUUGAACAAGUCUUGUGCUGAUUGCGGGGCAUACGCACUCAAACACUUGGAGUGCAUCCUUCUUGGUCUCGACAUCAGUUUAGUGGAGGACGGAAUAAUGCCUGGUUGCCGACAGAAGAUUGCUUAUGAUAUAUGGGAGGCUGCUCAUGAUCCCAUUUUAAUCCAGCUUAUGGCACAACAUAUUCCUUCGGAGUUUGAGUCUUCUGCUUCUUAUGACCUUGAAGAAGACUGA